UAGAGCCACAGAGUGAUACAGAGGGAGCAGAGAGCAGGGGAACUUAUCAAGAAAGCAGUGUGUGUUCACCCUCCCUUGCAUGUUACCUGAGCCCCUGCAUACACUUGCACACAAACUCAGAGAGAGGAGCAUUUGUGUGCUUGUAAGGCUGACUCUCCAGCAGCCGAGAAGGAAUUAAAACUUUUUGGAUUACAGCGAGUGCGCUUGAUUUACUUUUUGGACACCUUGGAUCAAAUUUUCCCGAGUUGUUGGUCCGAGGUCAGAAAGGAAGGCAUGGCACAAGGACAAAAGAGCCCCAGGUGGGCAUUAACCCGGCAGCCCUUCCACAUGGCACUGGGCUUGUGGCUCCUUUCCCUCCUCCACCUCCUCCUUAGCGUUUCAGCCGCAGAGGAGUACGACUACUACAGCUGGCAGUCGGACAACUUCCACAACGGUCGCUUCUACACCAAGCAGCCACAGUGUGUGGACAUACCGACCGACCUGCGCCUGUGCCACAACGUGGGCUACAAGAAGAUGAGGCUGCCCAAUCUGCUGGACCACGAGACCAUGCCCGAGGUGAAGCAGCAGGCCGGCAGCUGGGUGCCUCUCCUGGCCAAGCGGUGCCACGCAGACACCCAGGUCUUCCUGUGCUCGCUGUUUGCGCCCGUGUGCCUGGACCGCCCCAUCUACCCGUGCCGAUCGCUGUGCGAGGCCGUGAGGGACAGCUGCGCUCCCGUGAUGGAGACAUAUGGCUUCCCCUGGCCGGAGAUGCUGACGUGCGAUAAGUUCCCCAUUGACAACGACCUCUGCAUCCCCAUGCAGUUCACCGGCAACCACGCCACCCAGCCGCCAGUGUCAAAGGUGUGCCCCCCGUGUGACAACGAGCUGAGAGCAGACAACAUCAUGGAGCACUACUGUGCCAGCGACUUUGUCCUUAAGAUGAAAUUCAAGGAGGUGAAGAAAGACAAAGGUGACAAGAAGCUGAUUGCAGCUCAGAAGAAGAAGAAAGUGCUGAAGCAGGGCGUGCUGCGGAAAAAGGACCUGAAGAAGAUGAUCUUGUACAUCAAGAAUGGCGCCAACUGCCCGUGCUCACAGCUCGACAGCCUGGGCUCCAGCUUCCUCAUCAUGGGCCGCAAAGUGGAUCAGCAACUGCUGCUAAUGUCCAUCCACAAAUGGGACAAGAAGAGCAAGGAGCUCAAGUUUGCAGUCAAGUACAUGAAGUCCCAUCAGUGUCCAACCUACCACACUGUGUUCCAGUGACCCAGCUCGCUGUCCUGCCCGCAGAAUCCAUCAUUAUCUCCAUAUGCUCACGAUUUACUUUUCCAUAAUCCACCCUUAAUUCCAAAAUUCUGGAAAACACAGUACAGAAACUGUUGUUAGCGGGGUAAAGCUUUUAUUUCCUUACCUUUAACAUAAUACGGGGUUACAUUGUAGGGUUUUUUUUUUUUUUUUUAACGAAAUAGAGAAGCCUGUUCUCAUGAAAGUUUAGUAGGAUUUUGAACAAAAUGGAAUGCACUGUAAUCAAUGGAAGACUGAUGUAUCUCUGUGCUGUCUUAAAAGUUUUAUUUUUCUAUUCAUAGUUUUAUAUGAAGAGUUCAGCAGGUGAAUCCCCUAAAACGGGCCUUACACUGUGCAAAUAACCAUGUUUUAAUAUAGUCCACACACCUAACCCUACCCUCUUGACCUAGCCCUCCUCUAACCGCUAACGCUAGCCCAACCUAUCCAAACCCGAAUCAAACUGUAACCCCGAAACCUCACCCUAAAACCAACGUUUCAUUUAAACGUUUGAUUUACUGGACAUCGGUAGUCCAGCGUAAUUCAGGGCGAAAUAAAAUUGGCAACUCCUGAACGGGUUGUGAUGCUUUAGCAUGUGCAUUCAGCAUUUACAAACAUCUGAAAUGUCAUCAACUUAUUGUUGUCAGGAAUAUUUUGGCUUCACAAUGUGAACACUUAUUGUAAUUUCCGGCCUAUAGAGCGCACCUGAUUAUAAGCCUCACCAAGUACAUUUGUAAAGGAAAUACCAUUCGGUACAUACAUAAGCCGCACCUGUGUAAAAGCCCCAAGCGCCAACAUUGAAAAACGAGAUAUUUAAAAAGAAAGACAAUACACAAAAAGUUUUCAAAGUUCUAAUACCUUAUGUUAACAUAGCAACAACAACGAAUAGGGCUGGAAAAAAAAAAAAAAACAGCCGGGGCAGCUACACA